CAUGAUGUGUGUGUGUGUGUGUUUGUAAGCCGUUGCCAUGCCGACGCCUGUUAGAUGAACAUGUGAACACGCAAACGACACCACUGCCUGCGAUGCAGUGCUGCAGUAAAGAUGUUGUUUCCAUGGAGACAGACGAGCAUAUCCAACAUGUCCAACAUUUUUAACAGCCCGUGUUUCCAUGGCAACUCUACAGCUUGUCACAUCAUUGCCAUGAUCUGGGCCUUCCUUGUGAUUGCCUUGACAACCUGAUAACAGCAAGGUCGGCUGACGCAGAUAAACAUGCACACACCAGCAACAACAACACAAACGUGAUCUCUGACAAGGUCAAUGCAAGCAUUAGAUUUUAAAAGCCGAGCCGCUCCGCUGUCAUUCCAUCAUCAUGUUGGCUACCAUCUUAGUCGGGAGCGUCUCGUCGCUCAUGCUAGUGCUGCUCGUCCUUGCCGCCCUUGCCAUCUUGGUUCUACUGGUGCCAAGUAGACCCAGGGCCACCAUUCCUGGACUGCCGUGCCUCCCUGUCCUGGGUAGCCUACCCUGGUUAGGAGGCGUCACCCCCCCGCACCUGCUCUUUACGAAGCUGGGACACAAGUACGGGCCGUUGUUGGAGCUCUACCUUGGGUCGCACCGUACCAUAGUUGUCAAUUCGCACGUCCACGCCAGAGAAGUUCUGCUACAGCGAGGACGAGACUUUGCAGGCCGUCCCAGCAUGGUGACCACUGACCUGCUGACCAGAGGUGGGAAAGACAUCGCCUUCGCUGACUACACGCCACUGUGGAAACUGCACCGACGUCUGGUCCACAAUUCCUUGGCUUUGUUUGGUGAAGGAAACGGUCGCCUGCAGGAGAUUGUUAUGUCUGAGGUGGAAAGUCUGUGCACGGAGUUGUUGUCCUAUGGGGGGCGUGGCUUCGACCCAUUGCUUGCAGUGACCACAGCCAUCACCAAUGUGGUGUGCACACUGGUGUUUAGCGCUACCUAUUGCCACGGCGACAGUGAGCUGCAGGAGGUGAUGCAAUACAACGACGGCAUCGUGCGCACCAUUGCCAGAGGAGGACUGGUGGACAUCUUUCCCUGGAUGAAGGUGUUUCCCAACUCAUCGCUAAGGGAGCUGCGGGCAUGCAUCGCCAUGCGAGACCGUCUUCUGGCGCGUAAACUUCAGGAACACAAGGCGGCGCUGACUGAUGGCGAGCCUCGAGACCUCCUGGAUGCUUUGCUGAAGGGUCAAAACUCACCUGGACCUGAGGGGGAGGCCAUUACUGAUGACCAUGUGUUGAUGACAGCGGCAGAGGCCUUCGGUGCUGGUGUGGAGACCACAUCCACCACCCUGUUGUGGAUCAUAGCCUACUUACUGCACCACCCUGAGGUACAGGAGCGUGUGCAGAAGGAGCUGGACGAGCAAGUGGGUGGCGAGCGACCGGUGUGUGCGGCAGAUCGUGGCCGGCUGCCUUACCUGGACAGCGUCAUUAACGAGGGAAUGCGGAUCAGGCCCGUCAGCCCUGUGUUGAUCCCACACAGCGCCAUGACGGAAAGCAGCAUCGGAGGUCACGCCAUCCGCCCUGGCACUCGCGUGUUGGUCAACAUGUGGUCCAUUCAUCACGACCCCCACUGCUGGCACCGACCAGACCUGUUUGAUCCAGAUCGUUUCCUUGACAACCAAGGCCGGCGGGUCUCGCCCCCCUGCUUCCUGCCAUUUGGGGCGGGACCGCGUACCUGUGUGGGCGAAUCACUGGCCAGGCUGGAGCUUUUCCUCUUCCUGUCCUCGAUGCUCCAGCGAAUGAGCUUUACGCUUCCGGACGGGGUGUCCUCUCCGAACCUGCAGGGACGUCUGGGCGUAGUUUUGCAGCCACUACCUUAUAAGGUUGCUGUCAAACCCAGGGGGGGCUGGGAAGUUUGUGGUCAUGCUAACUAGCCAGAGAAGAUUGUUACCUAACCACUCGUGAUUUAGGGCUAUAUAAAUAAUCUUUGAUUGAUUGACCUAAAUAUAAACAAAGCUCAACUGCAAGCUAAUGACUGUUGACUGUUUUGACAUCUAUCAAUAAACACAGUGUUUUACAUGU